GCAAAUAAUUUGAGUUGUUAUCGGGUCAAAUUGAUAUUGAUUCAAUCCACGGUUAAGGUGACACUACAAAUCUAACAUAACAACUACUACAAGAGACGAUUCAUCAAGCGUGUUAAAAAUGAGAUAUGACUCCACAAAGGAGUUGUGAUGGUCAUGGCAAUGAGGACAAUGAAUUGAACGGAGGCGACAUAUUAAAAAUGAAGAAAUAAUUUGAACACUAAUAAAAUAAUUAAAAUAAUAAUACUUCUUAAUGGAUUAUAAAAGGACACAAGAACCCAAUGAUUCCGUGCGUUUUCAAUAGCAGCAUUGACGUAGAUAAAUGUUAGUACUACUGUUAGAGUGUCCACUAUGAGGCGGACACCCUCAAUAGUCUCAUCCCAGUUUUUGUCCAUAGCCCCAGUUUUGUUGUUCAUAGCCCCAAAAUUUUAUUUCCGCCACUAUAGUGGACACCUCCAAUAGCCCCCAAAUUUUAUAAUCAAUUUUAAUUUAUAAUGUUUCAAGCAAUUAUGAAUAAAUUUAUCGGGCUAUACGUAAAUAGAAGAAGACGACUAUACGUGAAGAAAUUAAAAUUAAAAUUAAAAUUAAACACUAAAUUAAAAAAAAAAAUCGUCCACCGGCGCGGCGGACAGGUCCGCCACUAUAGGCGCCGCGCCUAUCGCCGCGUCCGCCCCGGAGGAGGCGCGUCCUCGCCCCGGAGUCGCCUGAAGCCCGUCCGCCGCCUACCGCCCCCAUUUCGGUGUCUGCCCAAUGCCACUAUAAGCCGCCCCGCUUCCGCCCCAAACCGAUGCUAUAGCCGCGGCUAUCCAUAGUGAAUACCCUUAGGGCUUGUUCUGUUUGUCCAAUAGGAUUUAGGGUAGAUAAGGAGAGGCCAGAUAAAUAUGACACAAAUUAGAAGUUGGGUUAUUCAUUUCAGCUGUUUGGUUUGCACUAUAUAAAGCACAAGUGAUAUAUAUCGUGUGUUUGGUUUGCUGUAAAUCAAAUACCACAAUACCCAAACCUAAAUUGGAGAAUAUAUAUUACAACUCUCUUCCGCCGCUCUUCCAUUUCAGUGUUCCAGAAUCGCCUCGCAAAUUCCGCAGAAGCUAUUUUCACUUUGUCCAGUUGAAGAUGUCUGACUACAUGCGUUCAAGGUUCACUUCCCCUGAUGUGCCGAGUUCGCAAGUGAAUUCCCGCCUUGGACGGUCAAGGAGAGGCAACGGUGACCGAACCCGCCGAACCUGGUCAUACCGUGAGGAGGAGAUUCUUGUGGUUGCGCUGAAGGACCUUGUUGUCACCGGAUGGAAAGCCGAUAAUGGAUUUCGGACAGGCUACCUUGGCAGACUCGAGGAAGCCCUGAAGAAGCAUUACCCCAACACUGACAUCAAAGCAACUCCUCAUAUUAACUCGAAGCUCACUUCCUGGAAAAGAUGCUACAAUUCUUUGCGUGGCAUCUUAAGUCGUAGCGGUGUGGGGUUCAACCUCCACGACGACUACAAGAUAGAUUGCGACGACGAUCAGUGGUCGCAAAUUGUCAAGCAAGACCCUCAUGCUCGCUACAUGAGGGAUAAGAGCUGGCCAUUCUGGGACCAUUGGCAGGUCAUCUUUGGUAAGGAUAGGGCUGCUGGGGGAUCAGCUACUGGUUUGAUGGAUGCGGUCAAUGGGCUUUACACUCAGGACACCGGCUCAGGCUCAAGCGAUGGAGGUGAGGUUGGCAACUCUGUUGGCUCUACUGAUGUGCCCACUUCUCAUCCACUGAGUCAGACCAGCACUCCUCCCGAUGCUCCGGUUGAAAGCUCAGGCAACACUAACCGUGAGAAAGCUGCUCGGCCUGCGGGUGGGAAAAAGAGAAAGGCUGACCAUUCUAUAGAUGGUCUCAUUGAACUGCUGGGGAAAAUCAAUGACGCCACCAACGUGAGGUUGGAUUCUUUAUCCCUCCGCAUUGGUUAUGAGUUCGAUCUGAGCAAAGCACGGAAGGAAGUAUUUGCUGAACUAGGUCGCUUGCCUGGACUGACAAGGGAGCAAAAGUUUGAUGCAGGGGAGAUUAUUCUGGAGAAGGUGGAAAGGUUGGAUUUCUUUCUUGGGAUGCCGGAUGAUGACCGUAUCGCGUUCGUGCUUCGUGUGCUUGCGAAAUAUGGUUCGGGAUAGAUGGGGGAAUCUACAACGGGUGAAGGGGUGGCGUAGGUCGAUGGCUUGCCUGAUAUAAUUUAUAAAGCCUAUUUUCUGUCUGAAACUUUUUUUUUGGAAGCCCCUCUUCAACAUUGGCUUGUUGCAAUUGUCUGUAGAUUAUAUUAUUAUCUAUCAUCUUUUGUAGGAAGGAUUAUGUUGCCUUAAUCAGUAAACGAUUUCCUAGUAUUCCUUAA